AUGGCCCCGCUGGAUGUGGCCCUGCAGGGCUUCUCGGUGUUCGGCCUGGUUCUGUUCGUGGUGCUGUGGCUCAUGCACUUCAUGUCCAUCAUCUAUGUGCGUCUCUGCCUCCAUAAGAAGAGAUCUGAGGCCAAGCAGCCGUUCGCUCAGGUCCUCGGAGUUUCUCUGCUGAAGCCGCUGAAGGGCGUCGACCCAAACCUGAUCUCCAACCUGGAGACCUUCUUCACUCUGGACUACCCCAAGUAUGAGAUCCUGCUGUGCGUCCAGGACCAGGACGAUCCGGCUGUGGACGUCUGUAAGAAGCUGUUGGGGAAAUAUCCCAACGUGGACGCUGGACUCUUCAUCGGUGGGAAGAAGGUCGGGAUAAACCCGAAGAUCAACAACCUGAUGCCCGGAUAUGAAGCCGCCAAAUACGGGCUGGUGUGGAUCUGUGACAGCGGCAUCAGAGUGAAACCCGACACCCUGACGGAUCUGACCAACCAAAUGACGGAGAAGGUGGGCCUGGUCCACGGCCUGCCGUACGUUGCUGACCGCCAAGGCUUCGCCGCCACUCUGGAGCAGGUGUACUUCGGGACGUCCCACCCCCGCUCUUACAUCUCGGCCAACGUUACGGGGAUCAAAUGCGUGACGGGGAUGUCGUGUCUGAUGAGGAAGGACGUCCUGGACCAGGCGGGGGGGCUGGUGGCCUUCGCUCAGUACAUCGCUGAGGACUACUUCAUGGCCAAGGCUAUCGCAGACAGAGGAUGGAAGUUCUCCAUGGCGACACAGGUGGCGCUGCAGAACUCGGGCUCCUACUCCAUCGGACAGUUCCAGUCCCGGAUGAUCAGGUGGACCAAGCUGCGGAUCAACAUGGUUCCCGCCACCGUCCUGGAACCCGUGUCAGAGUGCUUCUUGGCCAGCCUCAUCAUCGGCUGGGCGGCGCAUCAUGUGUUCAGGUGGGACAUGAUGGUCUUCUUCAUGUGUCACUGCUUGGCCUGGUUCAUCGCCGACUACAUCCAGCUCACUGGAGUCCAGGGCGGUCCUCUGAGCUUCUCCAAGCUGGACUUCGCUGUGGCCUGGUUCAUCCGAGAGUCCAUGGCCGUGCAGAUCUUCCUGUCGGCUCUGUGGGACCCCACCAUCAGCUGGAGAACGGGUCGCUACCGGCUGCGCUGCGGCGGCACCGCCGAGGAGAUUCUGGACGUGUAGUUACCGCAGCGACCGGCCGCUCGGCUUUCACCCCCCUCAUCAUUACAAAGAGGAGGAGCAGACAGAGACUGAUUGUUUUAUAAGACAGGCGUGUGAGUGUGUGUGAGUGAGUGUGUUUUUAUAAACUAUUUAUGUUGGUGCUAAAUAUGACAAAAGGAAAAA